GAGGCGUCUGUCAUGUGGGGGGGGGAGAAGAAAAAGAAGCCCCGUCGCCGCUGCUGAGGGCCAAGUUGGAAGGGAAGCACUUUUUGAGCUGCCGUCAACAUCCGACCCUUCACAAGGACUAUAAUGAGUCACACCCCUGCCCCAGCAGAACAUCCAUCCUUUGUCCCGUGCAGCAUGUUGGAUCUCGGCCGCGUUCGAUCGGCGCCCACGGCUAUUUCAAAAAGCACAGAGCGCUCCCGAGAAGGCCGACUGGGUCGGUGCCAGCCGCGUGCCGAAAUGAAGGCUCGGCGCUCAUCGCGAACACAGUGCGUGACGUGGCAAAGUGGAACGGAGCAUCGCAGGCCUUAAUGCGCCCACUAUGGAUGAUAAAAAUGAGCCUAGCCCCUGCUACAAAAACACAGCCCCACUUCAGUGUCGGAUCCUCUUUAGUAUUCUAACCCAGUGCUAGCUCAUGAGCAGCAGGCACAUUAUGCAGGGAUAACAAGAAAACAAGGGAAGGGGAAUCUGAGAGCAGCGUGUAACAUCAAAAACCCUGCGUAUUGUGCUUUGACUAAUUGAGGUGUGCGCCUUUGAAUUGCACACGCCACUGUAGGUACACGGGACUGCAGCUGCCAGAAAUAAUGGCGACGAAAUGCAAAGCAGACGUGUUUGGAAUUCCAAUGCGCCGCCGCGGUGAUCCGUUAGAUACAGUAGAUAUGUACACCGGGAUAAUGCAUCACAGACAUGGGCUGGGCCCCGCGAGGGCCGCUGAGCUAGGGGCUUUUUAAUUCGGCGAGGAAGAAAAAUGCCAGACACAUUCGUCAGCGGGCGACUGCGGGAAUCGGGGCGAAACAGGCAGCCAGGUCGGUUAUUGGCCCCGGCGUGCAAAGGAGACUCCUCUUGUAGCACGUAUCCGGGGAUUUUGGAGGAUACGGUCCCCCCCCCCGCCGCGCCACAAUCAGUCGAGGAUGUAACACAGCCGACUGUAACACAGAGGACGCCGCGGAACACCAUGCUGAGAUGACGGAGAUGGCCUGCGGCCGAGAGGACGCGCGGGUCUCGUUCCAGCCCUUGACGAAGACCACCUGACAUAAAUAUCGGGACAAAAACGGUCCGCUCUGGAGCGUAACCGGCAUUGACGCAAAACAUCUGAUCGUCCUCUGGGAGUGUGUGGGCGGCGGAGGCGCAUGUGGGAGGAAAGCCGAGUUGGAGAGUUCGAUGUAAUACAACGCAUUGCUCCGGCAAAGCAUAAACACCUCGGCCUUCUCUGAAGCCCCGCAGGUAACAAUCACACAGUCGACAACAACAAGCGCUCGCUCCGACCCCACUUUGCGUCGGAAACACGUCGGCGUUGGACGGAAAGACAUCUUCCUGGAGCUUGACAGACCUCACUUUGCUCGGACUGCGAGCUCGUGGGACAAGCAUCGAUGAAGGGAGAGCGCAGAUAAUCAGAUUAAAUCCGUCCUUGAGAAGGAAACCAGCACCACGAGGCAGCCGUGCUUAAAAAAAACCCAUGUGCGUUUGAUUUGAUUUUUUGGAUUUUUUUUUUCCACACACGGCAGGAAGUGAAAGGACGCCGUGCCAAACAAAUCCCGUUCCUCCGGUUGUACACUGACCAGGCCGUCUCCGCUGUGUCGUUUGGAACAGAAAAAGAAGCAUCGCUGCCACCUCCUUUGUUCCCCGUUGUGAUCCAUACGGAGGCCUGCAGCCAGUUCCGGGAGGGCCAAGUGUUAAUACAACUGCCCGACAAGGAAACCGGCUAUUCAGAGAGAUAAUGGACCUGGACCUCGGUCGCAACAAUAGCCCUCCCUCUGUGUGAAGAAAUGCUGCCCGCUGCCACUUCACAGGCCUCCACGUCGCCUAUUUAUAGCGCACCAUAAUUAAUGCGCUGUAAUUGAAGCAUAUGUAAGUGCAGCCGGAACCUACAGGGCUCUUACAGGAGAACUGUCGGGGCGGAGAUGUGAAAUGACUGUCAUCACAGCUGUCAAAUCACACGUCAACAGGCAUUUUCUUUCCGUCCCCCCCCCCCCCCCGUCCCCCCGACUCUGUCCCAUUCUCUCGAGCCUCGAGGGCCAUACGUUAUAAGUGACGAACAGGAUAUGCAAAACAGAGCCGCGCUCUUCCGUCAUUUCACACGGACAAAGGCCCUUUUCUACAGCGGGGAUUAAUAAUCAUUUAUGACUGUCAACGUUCGUCAGCUCCCAUGCACCACCUAAUCAUGCCUCUGACAUCUUGGCAUCCACUGUUUCACUGCACGAGCCGUAACUCCUGGAGGCCCCAAUUUAGCGCUCGCGGAUCAUCACGCCGGCUGUAAUCCGUUUAUUACGGAAACAAUCUCAAAGUCCUUUUUGGCUGUGGAGAGGCUGGCACGUGGCAGGACGAGGGACAAAGGAUGGAUCUACAGCCCGGCGCGAGAGCCUCCCCCCGGGGACGCCGUGGUCGGACGCACGGCCUCAUGGGCCGUUGACCUGCUGUCUCCGUGAUUUAUGGCGGCUGGGGGCCCCCGGCCACUGCAGACUCCGCUCCUCGCCCGCCCUCGUUUGCCUUCGCGCCGCACGCCGCAGGAUCGCAAGGAGCCACACACACUGCACCAACCUCUUCGCCUGCGGGAGCGUCCAAAGGGGAAUCCCUCGCACAUGCUGAGCGGCGGCACGGGCGCACGCACGGAUACACUGGCAAGGCGCGCUGUUGCGUCCUGCGCUGUCCCGCACAAAAAGCAGCAGCUCCAUAAACAUUUCCCCACGAUAUCCCGCGAUCUCGUCACACGUCCAUUAGCCCAAAGCCCACUCUGACAGUAUUCUCCAUUUGACUGCGCGCGGAUUACUAUCAGUCAUGGCGUGUCAGCUGUAGAGCCCUCGGGCGUAGCUGCUGCUGCUCAGGGGCAGGGACUGGAUCAAUGGAAGUGCGCUGAGUAACGGGGGUGAUGUUCCUGUUUUCCCAUGGCAUCUCCCUGCUGACUCCACACACUGCUCUGCUGUGAAGCUGCGAUAACCGUCCUCCUUAGUGGACUAUUAGUUGCAGUGACUUUUUAAUAUUAAUUCGAUAUCACGCACACCGUCGCCUGACAUUUGCACCUGUGCACACCAGUGCAGUCAGACCACCUUUGAUACCCUAAGUUCUUCAGCGGUAAAGGUUGGGAGGGGGACACAUCGCUGCGUUUCGCUCCAAUUUAUCCUUUUGAAAGCCGCGGACGGGGAGUGACAGCCGGCCGGUGACCUCGCCAUGGUGUUGCCACCCCCAGACAAACGCCACGUGUGCCUGACCACCAUCGUCAUCAUGACUAGCAUGGCCUUCAUGGACGCCUACCUGGUGGAGCAGAACCAGGGUCCCAGGAAGAUCGGCGUGUGCAUCAUAGUGCUGGUAGGGGACGUGUGCUUCCUCAUAGUGCUGCGGUACGUGGCGGUGUGGGUCGGCGCCGAGGUGCGCACCGCCCGGCGGGGAUACGCCAUGAUCCUGUGGUUCCUGUACAUCUUUGUUCUGGAGAUCAAACUCUACUUUGUCUUCCAGAAUUGCAAAGCCGACAGGAAGAGUCUGGAGACGGUGGCGCGGAAGGCGUUGACGCUGUUGUUAUCCGUGUGUGUACCAGGUUUAUACCUGGUGCUGGUGGCUCUGGAUAGUAUGGAAUACGUGAGAACUUUUAGAAAGAAGGAGGACAUGAGGAGUCGUCUCUUCUGGGUGGCGCUGGACCUGCUGGACCUGCUCGACAUCCAAGCUAACCUGUGGGAGCCCCAGCGGACAGGCCUGCCCAUCUGGGCCGAGGGCCUGAUGUUCUUCUACUGCUACAUCCUGCUGCUCAUCCUGCCCUGCGUGUCGCUCAGUGAAAUCAGCAUGCAGGGGGAGCACAUGUCGCCGCAGAAGAUGAUGCUGUACCCGGUCCUGAGCCUGGUCACCAUCAACGUGGUCACCAUCCUCAUACGUGGCGUGAACAUGGUGUUGUUCCAGGACAGCCGCGUGUCCACCAUCUUCGUGGGCAAGAACGUGGUGGCCAUCGCCACCAAGGCGUCCACCUUCCUCGAGUACCGCCGGCAGGUGAAGGAGUUCCCCCACCCGCAGAACGCCAUGGCGCUCGAGCUGCAGCAGAACUCUGUCGGCCACACGCAGCCGCUGCCCAACGCCACCACUUUGCCCCACGAACCUUCGCCAGCGCAGGACGUCACCGACACAUGACCGCCAGGGCCUGGACACGGCACCGUCGGAGACGGAAGAGCUCCGAGAGCGGAGGCAUGGAUAGAUAGAGACAUCAGCUGCAUGACAGGACGAUAUUCUGCUCUUGUCAAGCCCCCACGAACUGCUGUGGAAACAUAAAAAGAGAUUUUCAGCAUCACCUGCCGCGUCGGAACGUACCGUCGGCCUACACUCGACUCUUGAGUGCCGCGCGCAGACUUUCAAAUCCAAAAAGGUUCAAAGGUUUUUAUCACGCUGUCGUGUUUUUAAUUGUUUUCAAAUGUUGAAGAAAAAGGUUCGGACUGUACCAAGAGACAGUCUCCACAGUGCGUAGCCCCGGCGGCACCAUGCUGGUUCCCCCCUCGGUGAGUAUCUUGUUUUUUUUGUGUUUUUAAAGGUCGCUCUUUUUUCGACGGUGCUUCUUGUGGCAUUUCCUCUGAAUUCCAGCACCGAAAGGACAAACCACUCGGCGUGAAGCGCCGACGGAGAGGAGGAGCAGAGGGCGACAAGGGUCAGUCAAGAGGCGCCGCCGUCUGAGCGAGGUCGGCGGCAGGCCCAUGCUUUCCCCCCGCCCCCCUUUUCUGUGUUCCGUUCUGCAGAGAGAGCAGCUCUGUGGAAGCUGCUGCCUCGGCCAGUGUGAUGCUUUAUGACCAAAGGUCUGAUUAAAGCACCGGAGCUCAGCACUCUAGCAUCCACCGCGAGCAUUCAAGCGUGUGUGUGUGAUACGUGCACGCACACGCUAGUCGACAGAGCAGGUAUGCCUGGAAGCGUGCGUGUUUGCCAAGGGGGGUUUAUGAUGUUAUUUCAAAUUGCCUUUGGCAGAUGCGCGAGUGCUCGACGUGCGCGAUGACUCGCAAACGAGACGAAAUGAUGUUGAGGUGUCGGAAGAGGAAAAAACAAAAGAACACAAGGUGAUUCGGGAGGGGGGGAAGAUCAUUUUUGAUUCCUUGUACUAUACAUUCCUCCUGAAGUCAGAGGAUGCAGAGGCCAGUGAAAGAAUUGACAAAAAGAAAAAAAAGAGGAAUACAAUAGACACAACAGAAAAUACUUCUCUUUUUUCCUGAUGUUAUUCAGUUAUUAUUAUCAUCAUUGUUAUCAUUAUGUACAUUCUUUACUUGUUGGAAGUCAAUGAUGUUUUAA